AUGGAUAUACAACAGACGCCGUUCGUACGGGAGUUGGCAUCAAGUGACAAAAAGACUCGUGACAAAGCAGUUGAGUCCCUAACGGCCUUCUUAAGGAGUAAACGAGAUUUAAAGCUCUUCGAUCUUUUGAAAGUAUGGAAAGGGCUAUUUUACUGUUUCUACCACUCUGAUAAACCUCUCACGCAACAAGCUCUCGCCCGCUCCCUUUCAUAUACCCUGGUUCCCUCCCUACCAGAGAAGAUGGUUCUACCAUUCCUUCGAGCAUUCUGGAUAACGAUGUCGCGCGACUUCCACUCCCUAGACCGACUACGCUUGGAUAAAUAUCUACUUCUAAUAAGAUGCUAUGUCGGUGUCUCAUUCGAAUAUUUCUUGAAAAGAGGGAAAAGCAAACGCCAGGAUAAGACUGGUAACGACGACAAACAAAAGACGAAAAAUAAGAGGAAGAGAGCUGAGGCAGACGAGAAGAACGGUACUUCGAAUUCGAGGCGCAAAACAUCCAGCACAACAGCGGUACAGGUGCAACAAGAGGGUGAAUGGUCUGAACUAGAAGCGUACCUCAAUAUGCUCGAGGACGGUCCAUUGAGUCCACUGAUCUUCGACUCGGGGUCAUCCAAUGAAGCAGGCUCCAGCCAUGGCCAGGACGAGAACGGAGCAUCGAUUAAAAUGCCAAAGGGUCCGGAUGGAAUACGCUAUCAUCUUAUGGAUAUCUGGCUAGACGAACUGGAGAAAUAUGCUACCGAGCCGGACGAGUCUAAUAAUGCAGACGACGGGGAAUCAUCGACAAAGCUAAAGGAUGGAGUUCCGAUGCAGUUGCUAUUACGGCCAAUUGAGAGGUUAGAAUCAGAAAGCCCAAAUAAAACAGUGAGGACUCGGGCGAAAGAUACCCUGGCGGACGAGAGGCUGGUUGCAUGGGGUGUCAGGGCGCCAGAGAAGGCAGAAGAUGAUUCUGAUGAUGGAGACGAUGGCGAAGAAUGGAAUGGUAUAGAAGAUUGA